AUGUCGAAAAAACUUGCAUCUCCAUUGUCCUUCUUACCCCUUUAUAAUUUGUUUUCUGCUGUUGGUUGGUCUUAUUUGCUUUACUUAGUCAUUUCCCUAUAUCCAAAAAUUGGUCAGCCAGCAUUUUUCUACCAAACUAAAAAUAUCGCUACCGUUAUUCAAUGUGGUGCCACAAUCGAGAUCAUAAACUCAUUGUUAGGAAUCGUGCGUUCCCCAUUGCUGACCACUGUUGCCCAGGUGUCUUCAAGGCUACUAGUUGUCCUCGGCAUCUUCCAAUUGCUGCCAAACACAAGUGGCGUUCAAUCAAUUGUUUACAUAACAUUGUUAUUGGCAUGGUCUAUAACUGAGAUCGUCAGAUACUUAUAUUAUUUUUUCACUUUGGUGUUUAAGAAUGGCGCGCCCAAGAUCGUAGUUCUAUUAAGAUAUAAUUUGUUCUGGAUUUUGUACCCUACCGGUGUCGCCAGCGAACUACGCAUUAUUUACUGUGCUUUAAAUGCCGCUGAAACUCAGUAUUCCUUACUUUACAAAAGAUUAUUGGUGGCUGCGAUGCUCACUUAUAUUCCAGGCUUCCCAAUGCUCUUCUUACACAUGGUAACACAAAGAAGAAAAGUCAUGAAAAAUCUAAGAUCUUCAUUUGGGAAGAAGCUAAUAUGA